AUGCCAUCAAGUUCCUCGAUAGUGGAGCACGCUCAAUAUCAGUGUGCUCCACCUAGUAAAUGUGCUCCACGUAGUAAGUGUGCUCCACGUAGUCAGUGUGCUCCACGUAGUCAGUGUGCUCCACGUAGUCAGUGUGCUCCACCUAGUAAGUGUGCUCCACCUAGUAAGUGUGCUCCACGUAGUCAGUGUGCUCCACGUAGUCAGUGUGCUCCACGUAGUCAGUGUGCUCCACCUAGUAAGUGUGCUCCACCUAGUAAGUGUGCUCCACGUAGUCAGUGUGCUCCACGUAGUCAGUGUGCUCCACGUAGUCAGUGUGCUCCACCUAGUAAGUGUGCUCCACCUAGUAAGUGUGCUCCACGUAGUCAGUGUGCUCCACGUAGUCAGUGUGCUCCACGUAGUAAGUGUGCUCCACCUAGUAAGUGUGCUCCACCUAGUAAGUGUGCUCCACCUAGUAAGUGUGCUCCACCUAGUAAGUGUGCUCCACCUAGUAAGUGUGCUCCACCUAGUAAGUGUGCUCCACCUAGUAAGUGUGCUCCACUAUCUUGCACUACCAUCUCGCUUCGCUCGAUAGUAGUGGGUGUGCUCCACUCGAUCGUGGUGCUCGAUAGUGGUGCUCGAUAG